AUGAAAGUAAUCAGUAGUCAGAAAAUCUCAUUUGUAACAAUAUGUCAUUUGAUUAUUUUUUACGUAUUUUGUAAAGCGGAUGUAGCAACAGCAAUCGCCUGUUAUUCUUGUGUGUCAAUGAACAAAAGUAACCCACCAUGUGAGGAUCCAGUCAGUGCUCAUAUCACGAUUCAACGACCAUGUCGUCAAACGAUACCUGGACAUGAAGGUGGUAUGUGUAACGACAUUACAUCACGAUCAGACCAAACUUUGCAUUUAACAUAUCAUACAAAUGUAACACUUAAUUUUGAAGUUUUAAUUCAUUCUGAACAGAUAUAA